UGCGCGGCUUCUCCGAGACGGCGACCGGCAUCGCCUUCGACGACGCCAACGCGGUGCGGAAGCUGACGCGCGGAGGUCUUGAGAUGACGCGCCACCGCCUGCGCGUCGGCGACGUCAUUCUCGCGGUGGACGGGGAGAGACUCAAGGGGCGCCGGCCGGCGGAGGUCAUGGAGGCGCUGCAGCGAGAGUCGUACGAGCUGCUCGUCGCCACGCCCCCACCGACCGACGAGGACGAGGCCACCGGCCGGGUCGUCAGCUUGCCCCAGGGCGACAUCCACGGCUGGCUCGAGGUGACGCCGGCGCGGAUCCGCGCAGGCCGGCUCGCGGGUACGGCGCCUCCCUUCCGCGCGUGGGUGGUGGUGGCGGAUGGCGACGUGUCGUUCUACGAGGAGGAGGAGGUCAAGCGCGCGUCAAAGCUGCGCGUCGACCCCGAGAAGCGCAUCGCGCAGCCGCUGCUGGGCGCGGCGGCGCGGCCCGAGGGCCCUGCGGCGACGGAGGCGGAGAAGAAGGCGGAGAAGAAGGCGGAGAGGCUGCGGGGGAUGCGUGCGCGCGCCAUCGCGAGCUAUGACGAGGAGGACGAGGACUCGAGUCGGGAGGAGAACCGGGCCGCGAGCCCUGCCGCAAGCACCGGCGGGGGCAGCAGCCGCACCUCGCCCGUCGGGCUGCGAGCCGCCGGGCGGGCCGUCGUGGCGGCCAACGCCGUCGCAAAGAAGGCGGCGGCGGCCAACGUCGUCGAGGCGGCGGUGGCGCGCGGCGUGCGUCCUCUGAAGCUCAGCUGGCCAGGCAAGGUGGAUGCGCCCGUCUACAUCCUCGGCGCGUCGACAGGCGACGAGCGCGCCAAGUGGGUGGACGCGCUCGGCCGGGCGGCGGAGGAGGUUGCCGAGCGCACGCCCACGUACGGCACUUUGGCCAAGCGCAAGGGGCGGCGGGGCGGGGCGGGGGGGGGCGUGCUCGCCCGGGCAGUGAUGGGCAGCUGGUCCGACCGCUGGUUCGAGCUGCAGCCAAAGGGGUCGCGCGGCGACGAGACGGCGCCCACCCUCGCCUACUACGAGUCGGCGGACACGGCGCAGGCCGGCGGCCAGGCGGUCGCCAAGGGGCUCGUCGCCCUCAACAAGGACGCGCUGCUCGUGCCUGCCGCCGCGGGCGACAAGGUGCACCCGCACGCCUUCUCCAUCACGUCGCAGGCCGAGGAGGACGCUUCCCCGGUGACGACGCUGCUCGCCGCCGCCUCGGAGGAGGAGCGCACGCGGUGGGUGACUGCGAUCGCGCGCGCCAUUCGCUCCUGCCAGCCGCAGCCGGAGCGGACGGCCAAGUUCCAGCCAGCGUCCAAGGAGGAGGCGGUGCUGUACCAAAAGUCGGCGCUGCAGCUGCGGCUGCUCCUCGAGUACAUGAGCAUCCCUGCUUCCCGCUUCCGUGGCGCCGAGGAGGACAAGCCGCGGCUGGUGGCGCUGGUGAUGCAGGGGCGCGUCGCGCGCAAGAUGGCGGCGGCGGCGGCGGACACGGCGGAGGCGGUGGAGGAGCGCGUGCGGCUCGAGCGGGAGGAGCGCGCGCGGCUCGAGGCGAGGACCAUUGACGAGCUCUGGGCACUGCUCGACUACAUGGAGGUGGAGUACGACGAGGAGGAGGCCAAGGGCGAGCUGGUCGCCCGCAUCGUCGCGCAAAAGACGCAGCUGAUGAUGCGGCCUGAGACCCUCGCGCCACUCUCGGGGACGUCGCGCUCGAGCGACACGCGCAUCACCCAUGCCAACUUCGGCGCCACGUAUUGAUCAGUGGCGAGUGGGGCAGUGUCGAUGAACAUUCAUUGUCGGUGCAAAAUGCGCCUGUGCUCCUACUGUGCGGUGGUCUCGCGGCGCUCGCGGGCCCUGUCAGGAAUUCCAAAGUCACAGCUAACACGACCUUUACGG